AAUCGAAGCGUCGUUGCUCAUUGGUCACGUGACUUUCAGUAAACAAAUCAAGCUCCGACACAGUGCUUUGCUCUGCGGUGGUUCGUUUUGGUGAUACAAGCUUCGAAUCCUGCGUGUCACAGGUAACAUCACUACUUUGUGGGGUUUGAGGGAUGAGGGCGCUGACUUUGCUGCAAACAAAUAUGGCUUCAGGAGAGCCACAGCAGCCGUCCACAAGUGGAAGAAGCUUGUCCUCCAACCAUUGUCUUCCAUUGGAGAAUAAGUAUUUAGCUCAGUCCUUCUCAACAAAGCCCCAAUCUUUCCUUGAGGACUUCUCUACUCAUUCGUCUUCAGUUUCCUCUCUCCAGCCCUCUGGUCUCUCCUCCACCUCAUCUUCUCUUCUCGCCACCUCUUCCUUUGCUUCUACUGCCUCACCACUCCUCAACACCCAAAAUAAGCUCCUGAAGACUGAUUCCCCUAGCCCUUCGUUCUCUUUGACCUCACCUGUCCAUAGUCAGUCUUUGCUGUCCACCUCCCUGUCCAGUUAUCUUCUAAGCAAUCACUUUGCUCACCCUCCUUCCUUUCUUCAUCAUGAUCUGGCUGGAGAACAAAAAGGGGACAAUGGAGGAGAUUGUAACAUGGAGGAAAUAUCUGAAGAGAUGGAGUCCUCUUUUGAAGGAACAAGCAUGCAGCGGCCUGGCGAUGUGCUGUCUGAGGAUGAAAAGGAGGAAGAGAAGGCUGAUUCUGAUGCUGAGGACCAUAUGCAGUUACCUGUUGUAGAAACUGAGAUGAACAACCUACAGCUUGAUGACUCUGUGAUCCUGAGACAAGAUGAAUUUGGUGAAAUUGAACGAGAAAACAAAAUAGCAGAAGAGAAGCUGAAAGAAAAAAAGUAUUUCCUGCUGAAUGCCGUGUGUUGCUCUCUUGUUCAUACGAGCAAAGCUCCGGGCCAGCAGGGAUGGGACUCGGAGGACAGUGUUUGGACCACCAUCACAAAACUGGCCAAAGAUAUUUCUGACUGUGAUCCACAGUUUCUUCUCAAGGUGGCAGUUUACACCAGACAGGAGUUAAACAUCCGGAUCACCGCUAACUUCAUGUUGGCUCUGGCUGCCAGUUUGCCUUCCACCAAGCAGCAUGUCCGCAGAUAUUUCUGUUCAGCUGUGCAGCUGCCCUCCGACUGGCUGGAAGUAGUCAGAAUCUACAGUACGUGUUUCAGCAGCUCUCUGCCAGCGUGUCUGAAGAAGGCGAUGACCGACAAGUUCAAGGAGUUCAGCGAGUAUCAACUAGCCAAAUACAACACGCGUAAACAUCGCUGCAAACACUACCGCAAGAAGAAAAAAGCAGAGAAACCAAGCGCACCGCAGAUGGCAAGGUGGGCAAAAUGGCUCAGAUCACAUCCUGUUCUUCUAGAGAAGUUUAUGGAGGGCAACAAACCAGCAGUGGAUAAAAAACAGAGCCAGUUCAGUUUGAAGAAACUGAUUAGGAGGCUUCACAUUAAAGAACCUGCUGAACACGUUAUGGCUAUUUUGGGACGAAAAUAUCCCAGUGAUGCAAAGGCGUUCACCCGCAGUGGAUUAAAGGGCGAGUGGGACAGAGAGAGAGCCGGACAGCGAAUGAAGCUGAAAGAGCCGCAGACGUGGGAACGGCUGCUCAGUCUGGAGGGCAACAAGGCCGCCACGUGGGAGAAGCUCAUAGACAAUAAGUCGCUUCCAUUCAUGGCCAUGUUGAGGAACCUGAGGAACAUGAUCACGAAAGGGAUCAGCGAGGCUCAUCACAAGAAGAUCCUCAACAGGCUGACCAAUCAGAAAGCAGUCAUCCAGAGCCGACAGUUUCCUUUCAGGUUCCUCGCUGCGUACAAAGUCAUCAUGGAGCUUCACAAUUUGGCGUCGGCAUCGCAGCAGGGGAUUCCCGUUGGGAAAGACAUCCUGCUGAGCAUCCUAAGCAAAGUCCCAAAGAGCAGCCGCUUCAGCACUCAGGACUGGAAGACGACUUCAAAGAGAAGGAUGAAGGUGGCGCUCGACGUGCCUUUUAUUUAUCAGGCAUACAAGCUGAAGAAGGCCCAGCUCUUAAAAGCCAAUCAGAAGCUGUACACCGUUGAUCUUUUGGACCGUUACCGUAAAGCUCUGGAGACGGCCGUUCAGAUUUCCUGCCGCUACAACGUGCCCCCCCUCCCUGGAAAAACCGUCAUCCUGCUCCCCAAUACCAUGUUGUCGAACAAGGAGUCCUGGAGCAAGAAACAAGAUUUCUGCCUCCCUCCUGACCUGGAGCAGAAAGACAAGGAGGAUGAAGAAGAAGAAGAAGAGGAGGAGGAGGAAACCGGUCGUAGAAGGAGGCAGGAUGAGCACGACCCUCUAACUCCUACUGUGAUGGAGGUGGCAGCUUUGCUCGCUCUGAUGAUCAGCAGCUGUGCUGAGGAUUGUCAACUCUGCUUAGUGUGCUACAAUCGGUUUAUAGAAUAUAAGCCAAAGUCUGAUGUCAUUUUGGACAACGUCAGAGACCUGAUCAAGCAGGUUGAGGCGGUGUCCGGAGUUUCAGAAGAUGACAUGAGUUUCUUUCACGAAAUCUUGACCAAGAAAAACAAGGUGAACAACAUCAUCGUGUUAAAUCUAAGUUGGCUUGAAAGUGAAAUAAAAUGGGCCAUCCGAGCCUACAGAAAGGAAGCAAACAACAAAGCCCUGGUGGUCAAGAUCUUCUUAGACGAGUGUCGUGAAGACAAAGACGAAACCCCUGACGAGAACUGUGUGACACUAUCAGGCUUCAGUGAGCAAAUGCUGAGAUUCGUAGCAGAACGAGGAUCCUCCAGGUUGCUGAAUCACGUAGAACAUUUGGACAAACUGUACAACAUCCCUCCACCAGAGGGAGCCCAAGAGCCACAGACUUCAAACAAAGUUGUUUCAGUGCCACCCAGCCCAAAGUUAAGGUGGCAAGGUGUCCGAGUCUUCAUCUCCUCGACCUUUAGAGACAUGCAUGCCGAACGCGACGUCCUGGUACGGAACGUCUUCCCAGAGCUCCGGCGCCGCGCUGCUCUGCAUCGUCUCUACCUGCAGGAGGUGGAGCUGCGCUGGGGCGUGACGGAGGAUGAGUCAGAGCGGGCCACUGAGCUGUGCCUGUCAGAGGUGUGUCGCAGCCAGAUGCUGGUGGGGAUCCUGGGGGAGAGGUAUGGCCAGGUGCCUCCCAGACCUGUCCUUCCUGACCUGCCACAGUACAGCUGGCUGGCCGCUGCUCCAGCUGGUCUGUCCAUCACAGAGAUGGAGAUCCGCCAGUUUCUGGCUCUUUAUCCCGACACGGCUCAGCAGCGAAUGUUCUGCUACUUCAGAGAUCCAGACAUCAUCAGAUCGAUCCCUGUGGCCUGGAGAUCAGAUUUUGCUGCUGAAUCAAAGGAAGCUGAGGAUAAACUGGCCUCUUUAAAGAGACGACUUUUGGACAACAAAGUCAAAGUCACUGAAAAGUAUUCAUGUGAGUGGGGAGGCGUGGUGGAGGGGAAGCCGUACCUGAAAAACCUGGAGGUCUUUGGCAAAACCGUUCUGGAGGACCUUUGGGUGGCUGUUCAGAAGCUGUUUGUUGAAGAGGACAAGGAGGCAGAGGGUGCUUCUGAAGUGUUGGAGCAAGAGGUUCACCAGGGGGCGCUGCAGAGGCACUUCUUUGGGAGGGCUAAGCUGCUGUCUGCUGGUGCAGAGAUGGUGGAGAAGGUCCAAACUAAAGGAGGAGUGGCGGUGGUACACGGAGGACCUGGAGAGGGGAAAACUGUCUUCAUGGCUGCUCUUGCAGAUGCUCUCAGAACCGGAGCAAAGUCCAGAAGAAACCUCCACUGUGAUGUCAUUUCCUACUCCACAGCUGCCAGCCAAUCAGCACGCUCUGUGGAAAACCUCCUUCGAUGCCUGGUCCUAUGGCUCAGAAAGAUCACAAACACAGAAAAAGAACAACCUCUUCCACACCAGUACAAAGACUUGCUGGCAGAGUUUCGCUCUACACUGGGUGAAAUGAAGAAACCUGUGGUGGUGCUGGUUGAUGGGGUGGAUCUUCUCCAGGAUGGAAGAGGACAGCUCAGCUCUGAUUGGAUCCCACAGCAGCUCCCAAAUGGUGUGUGCAUAGUGCUGAGCGUCACGUCCAAAACGCCUCUGCUCCAAACUUUCUCCACCAAACGAGGAAUGCCUCUGUUCUCCCUGGGACAACUCACCAUGCCAGACCGGAAGGAGAUCAUUCAGAAGGAGCUGGACGCUUUUGGGAAGAAGCUCAGCGACUCUGCGUUCAACAACCAACUUCAGACCUUGGUGACAAAGAAAGGAGCAGCGAGUCCUCUCUAUCUGCACCUGGCUUGUGAAGAUCUAAGGAACUUUGGGUCUUUUGACAAGAUGAAGGAAAACCUGCAGGCUUUGCCUCAGUCUCUGAACCAGCUGGUCCAGUUCACCCUGGAGAGACUCUGCUCCCAGUACCGAGGCAUGCUGGGAUUCCGCUGGGCCCUCGCAGCCCUCACCGUCAGCCCCACAGGCCUGAAGGAGAGAGACUUGUACCAUUUGCUGAACACGUGUAACGAUCUGUCUUUGCGGGAUGGACGGGUCACAUGGGAGGAAGUUCUGAAUCUGUCCAGGACACCAAAAGGACGCAUUCCCAUGGCGGUUUUCACUCGUAUAGUACAGAGUCUACAAAGUCUAAUUGGUUCGUCUCAUUGCCAUGACACUGACGACCUGCUGGCUCUAAACAACCCGGAGGUUAAACGAGCCUUUGAGGACUUUCUCCUCCCGACAGAAAGCGACAGAACCAGAGCUCACCUUGUUCUGGCAGGUCACCUCUGGGCAAUUGGAGACCCUCAGGGUAAAGACACCUUCCUCCACUGUGAGGUCAACUCUGUCCUCCAUCUGCCUUCCAGCCUGAUUGAGAGCGGGCAGCUGGAGGCGCUCCGUUCCCUGCUGUCUAACUUUUAUUUCCUGCAUGCUAAUGUUAGCUUCGGCCUCCUGCACCACCUUCUUGAGACGUACAGCUUGUGUGAUAAAGAAUGCACGUCUUCACCUCCACUUGACCUCCAGGGUCGUCUGGAAGACUGUCGUAGUUUCCUUCAGCGCCACGCUUCAACGCUUUCAACCUGGCCGGCACUUUUCAUCCAGCAGGCGCUCGGCGAGCCUCCGGAGACCUCGGCUCACAUCUGGGCUGAAGGCCUGGUGGGAAAAGGAGGAAUCCGGGUCGUUGAGUGUCUGAAGAGCAGUGAUGGCGCUUUUCAUGAAAACAAUGAGCUGGUAUCAACCUUCUCCUCUGAACCGACCUGUGUGGUUCUGAGUUUGGAUGAACAGCUGGUGGUGGUUGGUACCGGAGAGGGAACGCUGCACAUCAUCCACAUGCAGACCGGACAGGAAGUGAAGUCUCUGUUGAGCAGCUGUGACGGCAUCUCCAGCUGUGUGUUUCUGACCGACGGACAGCUUGCUUCCACCUCCUUCGAUGGACAAAUAGAAGUCUGGGACAUCGAGAACGGCUGCAGAACAUCCCUAAUUGAAGGCCACACUAACACGAUAACAGCGAGCGACAUCACUCCAGACAGGAAACACAUGGCUACUGUGUCUCUGGACUUUACGCUGAAAGUCUGGUCUCCUGCUAAAGGUCAUGAAGUGGCCCGUCUGCCCAGCAACAGUCCUUUGAACUGUGUGGCCUUUGACCCUGAAGGUCACCUGUUGGCUGCUGGUUGUUGGAGUGGAACCGUCGUUGUGUGGAACUGGCUCCAGAAUCAAACACUAGCUACCCUGUGUGGACACGAGCAGUCGGUGCGCAGCCUCUCCUUCUCCCCGUCCUCCUCCAUGCUCUGCUCCGGCUCCGUGUCUGGAGAGGUGAGGGUGUGGUCGGUGCACACCUCCACCUGCGUGGGUUGUUUCCAGGCUCACUUCGGAGCAACCGAGGCUCUCGCCUUCCUGAAGGAUGGAGGAAUGCUGCUGAGCGCCGGCUCUGAUCACACGCUUCAGCUCUGGUCGGGAGGACUUGGACGUUCAGUUGCUGCUUUGAAAAACGAUGAAUGUGAGCUGGAGCCUCCUCAGAAGAAACUGAAGUCUGUAAGGUCUCAGCCUCCAGCUCUCUGUGUGGCAGCAAAUGGAGACUGUGCUGCUGUGGGUUACCAUGGAGAUGGCAUCAAACUCUUCAGUCAUAAUUCAGGUGAGAAGAUGUGGGCCACCACAGACCUAGGCGUCUCGGUCCACUGCCUGCUGUGGGUUUCUGUGGACGCUGAGCAGAAAGAACCAGAGCUGCUGGUUUCUGGAGGAAGUGAUAAAUGCUUGAGACUGUGGAAGAGGAAAGAAGAAGAGGGAAUGUUGGGAGGUCUGAUGAGUCUGGGGACGUUUGGAGUUCAAAAAGCCUCCAUCCUUGCUCUGGAGCAGAACUCCACGUAUCUGGCAGCAGCCUCAGAUGAUUUCACUGUAGCUCUGUGGCUGUUGAAGGAUUUGGCUCUUAAUCCUUCACCUGAUGCUCAUCAGGUGUUGAGAAGUCACAAAGGAGGAGUCACCUGUCUGGCUUUCAGUCCUGAUGGUACACGGCUACUUUCUGGAGGAAAAGACCAGGCCCUGGUAGUUUGGGAUGUCGGCUCUUCCCCCGCAGCUCUUUCCAAAUCACUCCUUCACGCUCACAAAGACUGGAUCACCGGAUGUGUUUGGACUCCUGACUGUGUCAUGAGCUCUUCGAACGAUGGGAGACUCUGUUUAUGGGACCUGGAGGCAGGUUUGUGUCUCAGGAAAAUCUCCUGGAGGAAUCCUCUGACCUCCAUCUGCUGCCAGGGUCAUCAUGUGAUUGCCGGCUGCUCGGAGGGAGCGCUGCAUGUCUGGGACUGGAAAACCAACACAGAAAUCUGCCACAUAGCUGCCCACAAGCAGCGGAUUAAUCACUGCUCUGUUCUCCUGAACUGUGACAAGAAAAAAGAAACAAAGCCAGAGGGAUUAACGGUUUUUACUGCAUCUGAUGAUGGUACCGUGCAGCUGUGGAAACCUCUACAGGUUGAACAUUUCAGCUCCUUCCAGGGUCACAGUGGUUCAGUUCGUGGAGUCACUCUUAGAGGAGGACUCUCGGAGUUCCUCACCGUCUCUGAAGACCGCUCCCUGAGAAGCUGGACCUGGACAACAGAGAUUUCUUCAGACUUGAAAGGCUCCAUCUCAGCGUUGUGCCUCUCUGACACAGAUGUGCUGCUCGCUGGUUAUGAAUCUGGUUUACUGGAGCUGUGGCGACGUAACACAGUGGUUGGUCACAGGCAGGUGUCAAACAGUCCCAUCCUGGCGGCAUGUUCAAUGGAUGAUGGGCAGUUUGCUGUCAGUUACAUGAACAACAUGGCGGUUGAUGUUUGGAAGCUGAUUUGGAACCAGCAACGCACCAAAGCAAGUUUGGUGAAGGUGACCACCUACAAAGUGAAAACCCCAAUGAUUCGACUCAUCUACUGCUCGAUACUGCUCGGUGUGUCCAGUGAGAUGGACUUUUACAACAUAUCAUCACCGGAUACGGAAAAUUAUUGGGAUUACGCAAGCUCUCGCUGGAAUGAGAGUGUCCUCCUUCGUGGAUGUGUUCGUAAUGAUGAGAAAAGUGUGUGGCUGAUGGGAGAGCAAGAUGGUAAAAUUCAAGUUGGCUUCAUUUUUGGAUUGGGACCUGAAACAUCUCUGCGUUCAACUUUCAGCUCAGCAAAUAUGAAGUGUGACGAGGACAAAACUAAAAGUGUGAUAACGGCUCUGACGAUGGACAAAGAGUUUGUGGUGUGCGGAGAUGUGGAUGGCAACAUGUGGUUCAAUCAGCAGCCAGAUGUUUCCUCGUGGAGCAACAAGAAACCGGCUCACAGUGACAGAAUCACUGAGCUGAGACUCACAGACAGCACCAUCAUCUCAGCCUCCUGUGACCGGACAGUGAAGCUGUGGGACAGAAACACUAGAAAACAAGUGGGAAUGUUUGUGUGUGGAGGACCUGUGCUGUUUUUGGAGAUAAACCCAAGAAAACCUAGUGAGCUGGUCUGUGCUGAUGGGCAGGGGAAACUUUACUUUCUCUUCUGGAAAGAGUAGUUCUCAUUAGGAUGGAUUGCAAAGCCAUACUUUAAUAAUAAUAAUAAUCAAUCGGUGCACUCAAAGAUAAGAGUGCCUUAUUUUUAUUUUCAUGUUGAUGUAAUAAAUCACAAAGGGAAGCUGAAAUGUACUGAGAAUUUGUGUUGUUUCCUUUGUUUACAUGUGCCUUUAAUUUAGACCUCAGCUAUGAGACCUAAAAAGCUUGUAUCUGAUUAAAAUCGCUGUUUUAGAAGGGGGGAAUGUUUUUGUUAGAAGUUAGAAUGAAUGGCAGUAAAGAAUGUAACAAAUCAAAUACUUGAAAUGGAAAAAAUCUUUGUUUCUCAUUAAAUUAAUCAAACCUUAA